CUUGAGAAAUAAUCACGAGAGUGAUACGGUGUUGUAUUCUCAAGUCAACAUUUAGUUCAAUGAGAAAAAGACCGCGAAUUUCCCCAGGAAUAUGGGUGGAGACCAGAGCAAUCGAUCUCCGGCUCAUAGAUUAAAAGCAUUUCGUAGAUCACAGAUUAACACUUUUAGGCACCACAAAAUAAAGUAAUCAAUAUAACGUUUACACAUUACUCUCACAAUUCGUACCCUUUGACAGAUUUGAACUUUAACACAAUUAUAUGAAUGUUAUCAAUCUCUAUCAACUAAUACUGAAUGCAUAUUUUAACCUUAGAUGUUUUAAGAUCCUCACAUACUAUGAACUUACUCAUACUUUUCAAUGUAUAACAGGCUAUGAAUAUGUCCUUUAACCUGUCACAUAAGCAUUUCACUGUUAAUCUACACCUGUUGUUUAUGGAAUAUGUGACAAGUAACGUUUGAUUUGAUCAAGCUAGCCCAGGAAUGUACUCUAAAGUAGUGUAGGCGAGCCUACCGUCCAAGGUCCUUAUGUUAUUUUCAGAGAGAGACUGGCUGUGACAGCCAAAUACUCCAUUUCUAAAUGUGAAUCCAUUUCUCUAUUGCAUAACGUUUCUAGAAACAUAAAGCCCCUUUACUUUCAUAUCGCAUCAAAAUAAUUUCGCACAUGCUAAAUAUACACACUACACUGUUUUAACUGGCUUCAUCACAGUUGCAGCCGACAGUAUUUUUCAGUUACAACUAGGGUUGCAAAGGGUCGGGAAACCUUUUCCAUGGGAAGUUAAGCCCCGGAAUUUGGGGAAUUUAGUUUAUAUUCAUCAAAAAAGAUAACUUAGAACAGUGAACUUUUUUUUGUGGGAUACACAAGGCAAUUCUAGGUGUUAUCGCAUAUUUUGUUUAAACUAUCCCCAAUUCAAUGGAAUUACAGCUGACUCUCAAGAUCUUGCACACUAAUGAGAUGCUAUUGAGCCCACGCUAUUACACUGUCUGAGCCAAGGACUACAUGCUUUCUGGAAAAUGCCACGGGCACUGUCCCGAUGUGUGGAGACAUUUCACUGCAGCUAAUGUAGAAGAAAAAGCUGUGUACAUUUGCAAAUACUGUGCCAAAUCAUAUGUGGAGUAUGCAACAAAGAUGCAGAAUCUGGCCAAGUACAUAAAGUUCCCUCAGCGCUCACAACAAGCAACCUCUGACAAAAGUCCCUCUACUCCUAUUCAAGGUGAAAAUGAUGAAUCAGACACCUUAUCGAUGGCAACAGCUCAUGGACCUCCUGGAAUCAGAAGGAUGAUUCAAUGGAGGAACGUAGUCCGGGAAAUGCAGAUGAAUGUCUUGCUCGAGCUGUGUAAGCAACUGGUUCACCUCUGAUGCUCACAGGCAACGUGUACAUCAACAAUAAACUAACAUGGUGUGCUUGGACCAAGACAGUCGUGAAGAGGGCACAACAAAACCUAUUCCCCCUCAGGAGACUAAAAAGAUUUGGCAUGGAUCCUCAGAUCCUCAAAAGAUUUUACAGCUGCACCAUCGAGAGCAUCCUGACAGGUGGCAUCACUGCCUGGUAUGGCAACUGCUCGGCCACCAACCGGAAGGCACAUCAUAGGGUAGUGCAUACGGCCCAGUACAUCACCGGGGUCGAGCUUCCUGCCAUCCAGGACCUCUAUACCAGUCGGUGUCAGAGGAAGGGCUGAAAAAUUGUCGAAGACUCCAGUCAUAGAUUGUUCUCUCUACUACCACACGACAAGCGGUACCUGAGCACCAAGUCUAGGUCCAAGAGGCUUCUAAACAGCUUCUACCCCCCCCCCCCCAAGCCAUAAGACUCCUGAACUGAACAGUUUAUCAAAUGGCUACCCAGACUAUUUGCACCCCCCACGCUUCUACUACUCUGUUAUCUAUGCAUAGCCACUUUAACAACCCUACCUACAUGUACAUAAUUACCUCGACACCGGUGCCCCUGCACAUAGACACAUUGACUCUGUACCGGUACUCCCUGUAUAAAGCCCCGCUAUUGUUAUUUGCUGCUGCUCUUUAAUGAUUUGUUUUUCUUAUUGCAUAUUAUUAUUUUUUGUGUGUGUAUUUUCUUAACUGCAUCGUUGGUUAAGGGCUUGUAAAGUAAGCAUUUCACUGUAAGGUUGUAUUCGGCGCAUGUGACAAAUAACGAUUUGAUUUAUUGGAAGAGAUUUCUCCCAGCAUACACCUCUCCAACCAGACAUGCUUUAUCUACUCAUUUGCUGAAUGCAGAGUUCAAGUGAAGGAAGUAAAUCAUAGAGAAAGCAGACUGUAUUGCAAUCCUCUCUGAUAGUUGGACAAAAUAUUCGUGGGCAAGGAAUAAUUAACUACAUCAUCUCCACUCCUCAGCCAGUAUUCUACAAGAGCACAGACACAAGAGACAACAGACACACCGGUCUCUAAUUUACAAAGGAGCUGAAGGCAGUCAUCAAUGACCUUGGACCACAGAAGGUAUUUGCACUGGUUCGCAGCAUUGUCUGUCACCUGACGGCUGCUUGGUCUAAAGUGGAGGAGUCCUACCCUCACAUCACCCAUUGGCUGUGCUGCUCAUGCAUUGAAUCUGCUCCUCAAGGACAUAAUGGCACUGAAAACAAUGUAUACACUACAAGAGAGCCAAGGAAAUGAUUAGAUAUGUGAAGGGUCAUCAAGCAGCAGUCUACCUCACCAAGCAAAAUGAGAAGAAUAAGAGCACCACAUUGAAGCUGCCCAGCAAUACCUGUUGGGGUGGUGUUGUCAUCAUGUUUGACAGUCUCCUGGAGGGGAAGGAGUCUCUCCAAGAAAUGGCCAUAUCACAGUCUGCCGAUAUGGACAGCCCCAUCAAGAGAAUCCUCCUGGAUGAUGUAUUUUGGGAGGGAGUGGUAAGCAGCCUGAAACUCCUGAAACCUAUAGCAGUAGCCAUUGCACAGAUUGAAGGAGGCAAUUCCAUCCUGUCCAUUCAUCUGCUUGCAGAUGUAAGAGAAGAAAUCCAUACUACCCUGCCCACUUCACUGUUGCUCCAAGCAGAGGAAAUUGCAGUUCUGAAAUGCAUCAAAAAGCGUGAAGACUUCUGCCUGAAGCCCAUCCACGCCGCAGCGUACAUGUUGGACACCAAGUAUGCUGGCAAGAGCAUCCUGUCUGGUGCAGAGAUCAACAAGGCCUGCGGUGUCAUCACUACCGUGUCUCACCACCUUGGCCUGGAUGAGGGCAAGGUUCUUGGCAGUCUGGCGAAGUACACUUCCAAGCAAGGGCUUUGGGAUGGAGAUGCAAUAUGGCAGUCGUGCCAACAUAUCUCAUCAGUCACCUGAUGGAAGGGACUUUGUGGAUCUGAGGCUCUUUACCCUGUUGCCUCCAUCAUCCUCCAAAUCCCACCAACAUUAGCUGCCUCAGAGCGCAACUGGUCCUUCUUUGGGAACACGCACCAAAGCACGCAACAGGCAGACCAAUGCAAGGGUUGCAAAAUUGGUGGCCGUCCGGACAAAUUUGAGGCUUUUUGAGCCUGACAACGAGCCAUCCUCAACACGGUUGGAAAGUGACAGUGAAGAUGAGGCCUCAGUAUGAUGUUCAAGAGGUGGACAUUGAGGAGGUCCAGGGAGAAGACAUGGAAGCCGGAGAGGAAGACAACCAAAGCUUUAUUUUCUAGACUAUCAUUUUACAGAUGUUGAAUGUUUUUGGGAGAUGCGAUGGAUCAUUCAAUAUUCCCUUUUGUUGUUGAGUGAAAUUAUCCCAUGUGAAGAGUCAACUCAUUUAAUUAAAGUUCAAUUCGUUAAAAAAAAAGUUCAUUUGGAAGGAUUUAAUCAUUUGCAAUGAUGUCUACUUAAGACAAGGUCAAAGGUUUGUUUUUGUCUCCAUAUGAUAUGGUAAAUAUAUCCAAUUCAAAAACCAAACCAAUGGUAUUAAUAUUAAUUCUCAUAUAUUCCAGUUAAUCCCCACGGAAAGUUUCCACCUCUGAAUAUUCCCCAAAAUGUGCAACCCUAGUUACAACACAUUUCCGGUGGCCUUCUUCUAAUCAGCAGAGGUGGUUGCCACUGUCUUCCGUCUGUCUUCCACAGUAACAUAGAGAUAUGGCUGUAUGGGAACACUAACCCUAUGAAGGUCAUUUAACCUUUUGGUUUUUUAGAAAAGUAUUUCUCGCUCAUAUGAAAAACCGUACCGCAAGUGAUCCGUGCUCACAUUCAAGACCGACCGUUGGUGUUCUUUACGAAAGUCCAAUGGGAAGAAAAUACCUUCAUCAAUAGGCGUUAAUUUGGUAUUAUCUAGCUAAACCAGUUCUAGUUAGCCAAGGAAUGUAAAGACCGUGUCAAUCACCUGGAAGUCAAUAAAUGGUAUUUGAACCCAAGCGCCUUCAUCGUAUGACAUCUAGAAAGACUGAUGUAGGUACCCCAUUCAAAAAGGUAGCUAUAAUGCCACCUACACAGAUUGUAAGUCAUCAAUGAAAUGAAACACAUGUCCAACUUUGUUGUGCUUGUGAGUGAAGGCACUGAAUAUGCAAAUUGUCAUAAUUAUCUGUGUAAUACUAUAGUAUAGGAUUAUGAUAUAUUUGAAAUGUAUUUUCUUAGAUUAUAACGUCGUAUAACCUAACCCAAUCAAAUGUGAAUACCCAACAUAUUUUUGUGCAUCUUUGCAUUCUGAGUAGCCUAAUCCAGUUUACUGUCAAAGUGAAAAUAAAUAGCAACCAGCGUUCUGACACUGUGCUGUCAAAAUAAAAUUAUAGACAUUUUCAAGCAUUUCACUGACAUUUCAAAGAGAAUCGUGCAGCUGAAGAUUUAAUUGAGGCUCGUUUGAGUGACUCAUGGCCCCCUUGCUUUCAUGCUGAAGAACAUCCUUCAUAUAACUUGUCUGUCUGUUUCUGAACUGUAGGCCUGUUACCAGGGGGGUGAGAAGAGACUGUGUGGAGUGUGUGUUGGGGGGGAUGGAGGAGUUUCCAGUGAGGAUGGUGGAAGGGCUGUGUCUAGGCACCAGCUUGGCUAUAUCUGGUUUCUUCUACUACAUCUACAGGAAAAAGAGGAAAACGUUGGACAAGCUCAAUGAUGCACCACAGUUGACUUUGGAUGGGAAACUGGCAGACCUUUUGAACGUGACACCGGGAAAGUGUCUGCAGUAUGUUGUCAUUGAAGGGGCAGUGCAGCCUCUGGGGGAGCCUUUGAGGAGUCAGUUCCAGGAAGGCACUGUGGGGGUGGUGCAGAAACUCAUGCUGAGGGAACACAAGCUGGUGUGGAAUAGCCUGUCUCGCAACUGGACGGACAGUGAGCGUGUGCUGCACCAGAGGGUGAACGCGGUACCCUUCAGCCUGGUCGGGUCGGACCAGGCCAACGUGAGGGUGCUGUGUCCCCUGGAGGCCUCGGGUCUAGAGAUGGAGAUCAUCCAUGAGAAGUUCCACCAGGCCACCUAUGGUUUUACCGACAUCAUCGGGCAGUACCUCAGUGGAGAGAAGCCCAAAGGCCAGCUGGAGACUGAGGAGAUUCUCAAGGUUGGCGCUACUCUGACAGGUGUAGGCGAGCUCAUCCUGGACACGGACCGGGUGCUGAAGCUCCGCCCGCCCACUGACGGCUCGGAGUACUUCCUCACCACGGCAGACUUUGAGUCCCUGCGGCUGGAGCAGGAGGGCCAAGCGGUGGUCUGGCAGGUCCUGGCCUCUGUGUUCGCCCUGGCCGGGUCCGCCAUCCUCUUCUGGUUGGGCCACCGCUACUACCGCAGCCUGAGGGUCCGCUGGGACCAGGAACGGCUGAGGAGGGAGUUUGAGAGGUUGGGUGCUGGUGGCACGGGGGAAGGGUCUACGGCUGGGGAUACACAAGAGGGGUCUGGGGAGCAGGCGACCUUGGAAAACGCCUGUGUGAUCUGCCUGACCCAGCCGCGUAGCUGUGUGCUGCUGGAGUGUGGGCACGUGUGCUGCUGCUACAGCUGCUACCAGGCCUUGCCCCAGCCCACCUGCCCCAUAUGCCGGCAGGCCAUCAAGAGGGUGGUGCCCCUCUACCAGGCCUGAUGCCCAGCCUGGGAGUAGAACAGAUGUGUGUUCUCAUGGUUGGUAUAUGUAUGUAUCCCCUGGGGUGUUGUUACCUGUACUCCUAGAAAGACAAGGUCAAGGUGAUAGAAUGGAGACAUUUUAUAAUUGACAUUUUGGCUGACUCUCCACAUAGAGGCAGAAGGAAAGAGCACCAGAAGGACCGAACUCUACUGUGAUGAUAACAGUCACCCUGAAAAUACAACUUUGGAGAGCUGAGGAGAGACCUAAUCUAGCAAGACAGAGCAGGACAUGCACACACUAGUCCUUAAACCCCUCACAAUGUCAGAGAGAGAGAGACCAACUCUUGAUAGACCAGGCAAACCAUCACUGUACUUAUUACACUGUAAUAAUCACCUGAAUGCUUGUUGGCAUUCUCAACACAAAUAGGCUAGGUGCCGCUACUGUAUUAACAAAAUGUGAAACUUUGAGGUUUGAAGCACUUAAAUGCAUAUGUAUUAUAAAGCUAACAGCUGUUGAGUUUGGUUUUGAAUAGUAAAUACAUGUUUAUAUACUGAACAAAAAUAUAAAUACACCGAUUUUUACUGAGUUACAGUUCAUAUGGAAAUCAGUCAAUUUAAAUCAAUUCAUUAGGCCCUAAUCUAUGGAUUUCACAUGACUGAGCAGGGGUGCAGCCAUGGGUGGGCCUGGACAUAUGCACUUGGGAGCCAGCCCCACCAACUGGGGAGCCAGCCCAUCAGAAUUACCCCCCCACACACACACACACACACACAAAAUGGCUUUAUUACAGACAUAUUCCUCAGCACACCCCCAGACGAUCCCCCAGGUGAAGAAGCUGGGUUUGGAGCUCCUGGGCACGUGGUCUGUAGUUGAGGCCGGUUGGAAAUACUGUCAAAUUCUCAAAAAUUACGUUGGAGGUGGCUUAUGGUAGAAAGAUGAACAUUCAAUUCUCGGGUAACACCUCUGGUGGGCAUUCCUGAAGUCAGAAUGCCAAUUGCACGCCCUACCUCAACUUGAAACAUCUGUUGUGUGACAACUGCAUAUUUUAGUGGCCUUUUUAUUGUGCCCGGCACAAGGUGCAUCUGUGUAAUCAUCAUGCUGCUUAAUUAGCUUCUUGAUAUGCCACACCUGUCAGGUAAUGGAUUAUCUUGGCAAGGACAAAUUCUCUUAAUAGGGAUGUAAAGCAAAUUUGUGCAUUUGAGAGAGAAAUAAGCUUUUUGUGCAUAUGGAACAUUUCUCUGAGCUUUUAUUUCAGUUCAUGCAACAUGGGAGAAACACUUAACAUGUUAAGUUUAUAUUUUUGUUCAGUAUAGAUACUGGGAAUGCAGUUCUCUCAUAAUUAAAGUGUGCAUAUGGAUAGAGAGGUGUUUACGUUUGUAGUACUAUCGCUUGCUUUGUGCCUUAUUUUCACUCCUGGUGUAAGGAGGGGGUCGGUCGUUCCACCAAUUUGAUUUUUGUUGUAAAGAUUCCUGUCAAAGCGCUUUGACGGAAUGGAAGCUUGUUUCCAACAGGGAGGGGGGCAAUUGAAUGUGAGCUUGAACAUUUCGGAAAUCGUUAACAUUUCUAGCCUAUCUAUGGGUAACAGGGUUGGUGUUUUAUGCUUGACCCACUCUGUUUUCCAGCACAAAAUACCAGAAAAGGUGCAAAGAAAACAAAGACUAGUACCAGCUCACCUGGUAUUUACACUGAAAUUACUACUAAAUGUUCCAUAUUGAAAGAUGUAUUGAAUUAUCCAUGUGGUCUAAAAUAUUAAAGGGCAAUUCAUUUAUAACAGGCUUUAAAAGUUCUAUAUUUGUACUUUAAAAUAUCAAAGGGAUGCAAAAGGCACUAAUUUCUCAUUGACUGUAUAAAUCAUCUGAUCACACUGAAUUUGUGAUAACCCAAUGUUGAAUAUUGUCAAAAAAAAGUAUAGAUUGUUUUAUGCAAAGGUUUAACACCAAUGUACUCUGAAAAGUUUGCUGUCUUGAGUCAACUAUCCUGCUAUUUCUGUCAUCUCUAACCAGCACAGGGGAGGAAUAGAUCGAAAGCCACCUACAGAGUUUUGGGGCACUACGGAAAUGGAAAAGUUAAGAAACUAACUGGCAUGCGUGGGUUGGGUGAGGGGUGAGUGAGUGAGUGAGUGAGUGAGGAGCAGGUGGGGGAUUAGGUGUCGUAAAUCUUCCUGGGGGGAGGGGGGCAGUCUGAGAGAAUCCUUCAUGACCUCCCCUGGCAGAAUAACAGCUGUGGCGCUUGGGGGUAAACUUAAACCUCAGCAUGUCAUGACGCUAAAGACAGGAAUUUCUUCAGGUUUUCAGUACACGCUGAACUUACAAGAGUGAUCCCUCACCAAACCAGUUUCAAACCAAUGCACAUUCUACCAUGAUACAUGUGAUUAGUAAAGUGGCCACCAGGGGGCCUACUUGCAUCUGUUUCAUUAUACUAACAAUGACAAGUAACCUGCUGUGAGUUUAUGAUAUUGCUGUUCAUAUAAUACAAUAAUAAUAAUUACAUUUUCCCCUGAACUAUGACAAUUAUUGAACUAUGACAAGUUUAACCUGCAGGGAACAUCAGGUCAGAGCUCCUGAUAUGAGUUAUGGGACAUUUGGAGAACUAAUCACCUUUAUUUGCCAAGUAUAUUUGCAAGUACAGGAAUUUGACUCUGUGAAAUUGUGCUGCAACAAUAAACAAAAUAUAGAGAAUA